AUGCCUGGACGACGAUUCUGGCUGUUGAAAUCGGAGCCAACAACGUACUCGUUCGACGACUUGCUUAACGAGGACGACCAGGUUGCAGAGUGGGACGGAGUUCGCAACUACGCCGCACGCAACACAAUGCGGGAUGAAAUGAAUGUGGGCGACGGGGUCCUGUUCUAUCACUCCAACUCCAAGCCCAAUGCGGUAGUGGGCUACGGAACUGUCGUGAAAGCUGGGUAUCCAGACCACACUGCUUGGGACCCAGACUCGGAACAUCCCGAUCCACGGAGCACACCGGACGACCCUGUCUGGUUCAUGGUGGACAUCAGAGGUCAGGCCAAGUUCCGCAAUCCGGUAACUCUUCAGGAGGUCAAGGUCCAUCCAGACCUGCUAGAAAUGGUCUUGGUCAAGAAUUCCCGCCUGUCAGUGCAGCCGGUCACCAACAAAGAGUGGAAGGUCAUCCUGACGCUGGGUAUGAGCGAAUAG